AUGGGCGUGCAUUCUGAUUCCCCGACGCAAAAAGAUGCGGGCUUGGCGCCCAGAGGAGGUCUUGGCGCGGAGGAAUGGCUCCCCGUUCCCAUUGGUUCCCACGGCGGAGAGCCGGUGGGUCCACCCUCCACGGGGUAUGGCGCUCUCCUCCCAUUGCUCAAUCCGUUCCUGGCGGUUAUCGCUGCCAAGGGACUAGACGGCCAAGUGAUGGCACUCUCUCAUCACCAACACUCUCGUUUCUUCUGCUAUCCAUUGAAGGACCUGGACAUUCCGAUGCCAGACGAAAAGUCUUCCACCCAGCCGGCCAUCCCAGGCUCGGGGGCCGCUCCCCUCCGGGAGCCCGCCCACACCCUGCCCUAUGAUGUGGUCAUCAGAGAACUCAACACCCAUCUGGACGACGGUCUGUCCGAGGACGAGGCCCGUCGUCGUCUGCAGCAGUAUGGACCCAACAAGCUGGACGAAGGCGAGGGCGUCUCCGUCGUCAAGAUCCUCGUGCGCCAGGUGGCCAACGCCAUGAUGCUAGUUAAGGGACCCACUAUCCUUUAUUGUGAUUUUUCCGUUGUUGUGCUGAUCCUGGCCAUGGCGGUCAGUUUUGGUAUUGAAUCCUGGAUUGAGGGUGGCGUCAUCGGUUUCGUCAUCCUCCUCAACAUCGUCGUCGGUUUCUUCCAAGAGUUUGAGGCGGAGAAGACCAUGGAGUCUCUCCACUCGCUGAGCUCGCCCACCGGUACCGUCUCCAGAGGCGGCCAGACAUACUCCAUUCCUUCGGCUGAUAUCGUGCCCGGCGACAUGGUCGAGCUGCGAACGGGUGAUACCGUGCCGGCUGAUCUGAGAUUGGUCGAGGCUGUCAAUUUCGAAACCGACGAGGCCCUGCUUACUGGUGAAUCGCUGCCCGUACAGAAAGAACAUGACUCGACCUUCAAGGAAGAUACCGGCCCUGGAGACCGUCUCAACAUUGCCUAUAGUUCCAGCACGGUCACCCGCGGCCGUGCCCGCGGUGUGGUCAUUAGCACUGGUAUGUCCACUGAGAUUGGAUCCAUUGCGGCCGCCUUGCGCGCGAGCAAUAGCAAGAAACGCCCCGUCAAGCGUGGUCCCAAUGGUGAGACCAAGAAGCGGUGGUACUUGCAGGCCUGGACGCUCACCGGAACGGACGCGGUUGGUCGCUUCCUGGGAGUGAACGUGGGCACUCCGCUGCAGAGAAAGCUGUCGAAACUGGCCAUCCUCCUGUUCGGCGUAGCCGUGCUUUUCGCCAUCAUCGUCAUGGCCGUGAACCUCUUCAGUAGUAAGACGGAGGUCAUUCUUUAUGCUGUCGGCACCGGUCUGAGUAUGAUCCCGGCCUGCUUGGUCGUCGUCCUGACGAUCACCAUGGCAGUCGGCACGAAACGCAUGGUCGAACGGAAUGUUAUUGUUCGCAAGCUGGAUUCGCUCGAAGCAUUGGGCGCGGUCACCGAUAUCUGCUCCGAUAAGACGGGCACCCUGACGCAGGGCAAGAUGGUCGUGAAGAAGGCCUGGAUUCCUUCGAAAGGCACUUACUCGGUCGGCACGUCCAACGAACCCUUCAAUCCGACAGUGGGUGACGUGACAUUCACCCCGGUGUCUCCGAUGCAGUUUGAUGAGGAGAAAGAGGGUCCGGCGGCCGAGAAUGUGGAAGAGCUGGUGGCUGGAAAUCGCCGACUCGAAGACUUCCUCGAUGUAGCCUCCAUGGCCAAUCUGUCGCACGUGUACAAAUCGGACGAUGGAGACUGGCAUGCGCGCGGUGAACCCACCGAGAUUGCCAUCGAGGUGUUCGCCUCGCGUUUCAACUGGAACCGGGACCGAUGGACCAAGGGCGAUGGCGCGGUGUGGCACCAGCGGGCGGAAUUCCCCUUCGACUCGACGGUCAAGAAGAUGUCGGUGAUCUUCAGCAAGAUGACCGGCAACGAGGAGCGGACCAUGGUCUUCACCAAGGGCGCUGUGGAACGCAUUGUCGACGCAUGCACAUCGGUCAUCUGGGACCAGGACUCGGCCACCGCAGUGCCCAUGACCGAGGAACAUCGCAGCCAGAUCUUCGAGAACAUGGAAGAGCUUGCCAAGCUGGGCCUUCGCGUGUUGGCAUUGGCUCACCGUCCCUACGACGAAGCGUCUCGGUUCCUCGAAGACUCGGACAUCAACCGGGAGGAGGUCGAGAAAGAUCUCUGCUUCCUGGGUCUGAUCGGAUUGUACGAUCCUCCCCGGCCGGAAACUGCGGGCGCCAUCCAGGCGUGCUACCGAGCGGGUAUUGUCGUGCAUAUGGUGACCGGAGACCACCCGGGCACUGCCAAAGCCAUCGCACAGCAAGUUGGAAUCAUUCCUGCGGACCUCAGUCAGGUGGCCGCGGACGUCUCAGACGCCAUGGUCAUGACCGCCGGGCAAUUCGAUAAACUCACGGACGACGAAGUCGACGCACUUCCCACCCUGCCUCUGGUCAUCGCACGCUGUGCGCCGCAGACCAAGGUCCGCAUGAUCGACGCCCUGCACCGCCGCGGACGGUUUGCUGCCAUGACCGGCGACGGAGUCAAUGAUUCGCCUUCUCUCAAACACGCAGAUGUGGGUAUUGCUAUGGGCCAGGCUGGGUCGGAUGUCGCCAAGGACGCAUCAGACAUCAUUCUCACGGACGAUAAUUUCGCCUCGAUCCUGAAUGCCGUCGAAGAAGGCCGCCGCAUUUUCGACAACAUUCAGAAGUUCGUCCUGCACCUUCUCUCGGAGAACAUCGCGCAGGCGUGCACGUUGCUCAUCGGCCUGGCGUUCCAAGACAAGAACGGACAGUCCGUGUUCCCGCUGUCGCCGGUCGAAAUCAUCUGGAUCAUCAUGAUCACGUCGGGCCUGCCUGACAUGGGCCUGGGAAUGGAAGGUGGCCGCCCCGGACAUCAUGGACCGCCCGCCGCAAAGCAAGGCGGGCAUCUUCACCUGGGAGGUGAUGGUGGACAUCCUCGUGUACGGGCUGUGGACGGCGGCGCUGUGUCUGGCGGCGUUCUCGAUCCGCAUGUGGGGAUUCGGCGACGGCAACCUCGGCCGCGACUGCAACGCCCGCUACUCGGAGGAGUGCGACCUGGUGUUCCGCGCGCGCGCGACCACCUUCGUCUGUCUGACGUGGUUCGCGCUGUUCCUCGCGUGGGAGAUGGUCAACAUGCGGCGGUCGUUCUUCCGCAUGCAGCCCAAGUCGAAAAAGUACUUCACGCAGUGGAUGCACGACGUGUGGCGGAACAAGUUCCUCUUCUGGUCGAUCAUGGUCGGCUGGAUCACCGCGUUCCCCGUCAUCUACAUCCCCGUGAUCAACCACGACGUGUUCAAGCACACGGGCAUCACCUGGGAAUGGGGCAUUGUCUUCGUCGAGGCGGUGCUCUUCUUCGCCGGCGUCGAGGCGUGGAAGUUCGCCAAGCGGCUGUUCUUCCGCGCGCGCGCCAGAAAGCAGCAGCCGCACGCGCAGGAGCCCAUCGCCGAGCAUCCUUAACGAUUGCUUUCCCUGGUCCGCGACAUAGGGCCAGGGAACCGUCCAUCCUUACCACGGGCGACCAGCGCGCGACAUACGGAAUAUUUCUCACUGGAUAA